AUGUCGACCACGACCGACGCCGUUUUCCACCGGCGUAACAAGCAGAUCCAAGACGCCAUUGACGGACAGAACCUCAAGCAGGCCCUGCAGCUAUGCGAGAAACGAAUAAAGAAAGGGGAAGAUACGAGGUUUUUGAGGGCAUGGAAAGCACACAUUCUUUUCCGCCAUGCCGAUGAAGCUCACCACCAGCGAGGAAUCGCCGAAACCCUCGAAAUCUGCAACCUCGAGCCUCCGACCACAGACUUGGAUACGCUUGACAUACUACAUCAGACUCUGCAGAAAUUGGACGGCCAUGAAGCUACCAUGCGUGGGCUCUGGGAAAAGGCUGCAAAGGCCAAGCCGCAGGACCUCGAGGUGCAGAUGAGAUGGUUCACGUAUGCGUUCGAGGACGGGGAUUGGAAGUCAGCGCAAAAGGCCGCAAUGAGCCUCCAGAAUAACUUCCCCAAAACGCGCAAGUACUAUUUCUGGGCCAUCUUCCUUUGCUACCUGAUUACUGUUGAUCCGUCCGCCUCAGAUGCGGAUCGCAAGCUCUUUGGGACUUUGGCAUAUCGUAUGAUCUCCAAGGCUGCCGAGAGUGUCCCUGCCGAUCCGAAAGAGUUGCUGAGCCCCCCUAGAGCUAUACAAACCGCCGAAGAGCUUUUCCUUCUCAUCAAAAUCUUCGAGUCUCAAGGACGCCACGAGGAGAUCGUGAAAAUUCUCGACAGCGAAAACCUCGGCAUUAAGUCACGUAUCGUGCAGAAUGACUGGUUUUUCGUCAGGGCCAAGCUGCUCAACCUGGAGAAGGCGGAAUUGUGGACUGACGGGCUGGGAUUUGCACGAGAUCUCCUGACAAUACCUGAGGACGAGAAAGCUGCCAAGGCUGCCCUUCAGGAAAGGGACGACUGGGGGGUUUGGGGGUUGCUGGUAUCCGCGACCAAGAAGAUGAACAAUCCUGACACGACCAAGCAAACGCAGGAGUUCGUGGAGGAGUUCAUCCAACGUUUUCCGAAAUCACGCAAUGCGCAGUUGGCUCUCCUUGACCUCACUUUGUGGAAGAUACAGACCGGCGUUCUUACUGCUGCGGAUCUGCUCAGUGCUUGCAAGGCAUAUUAUGACCGUAAUAGCAACAAAUUGUAUUGCUUCGGCGAUCUGCGGAAAUAUGUGGUGAAUCUCGGGAAAGACGACAUCAGCGACUUUGUCGACCAUGUCCUCCAGAAAGCAGAUAGCCUGAGCAGCGAAAAGGACGUAUGUAGUCGUUUUCCUCCGAUUAUGUGGUCAAAGGCUGAUCCCUUCCAGGGAGUUUCAAAAAUCAAUGCACUCAAAUUUGAAUACAGUCUCCGGUUAUUUUAUGAUGACAGUGCCUCAAGGGACAAAGUCGAAGACUUUGUCUCGCGCUGUCUACAGGCGUACCGGCAAGCGGAGCGCCCCAAACGAGAUGAGUCGCCAUCGACAAUUGAAAACCGACCAAGCGAUGAUCUCUGCCUGCUCGCCGUGAUGGCUCUUAUCCGUAUUAGCGACAAUUGGCAGAGAAGCCAGCAAAAUAAGUCGCCUAGCUCCGUGUUGAUUCGUGCGGCCGGCAUUUUGGAACGUCUUUUACAGGAUUCACCACACAACUACCAGGCCUUGCUUCUCUUAGUAAGGUUGUAUCUUGUCCUUGGAGCUGGAUCUAUCGCCCUGAAGACCUUCAGCAAACUAUCCGUGAAACAGAUGCAGUACGAAACUGUCGCACAUAACCUCUUUACCCGUCUUUCCACCGUUCACCCACAUUCAGCGCCUCCGAUCGAGGGCGCGGAAUACAAGGAUUUCAACCCACAGUCGGCGCUUGUGCAAGCCCUCACCUUCUAUCGGAACGCGGAUGUGACUGCAACGAGAUCACGGACCAGUGGUCUUAAUUACGGCAGCUAUGUCAACAUCGAAGGCAGUAUUGACCUUCAGAAGCGGCUAAGACAUAGCAUUUGCAGACGGAUGUGGGCCUUGGACGUGCGACGCAUGCAGAGGCUUGUUGGUGGAGAUCCAAUGGGUCGUUACGAUGAAUUAGCGGCGGAUACAUCUCCGUUGAUUGACCAGCGGACGUUUGAUGCCUUCAUGAACUGUGAACCACCACACCGGCCGACAUUCGAGGAGCAGCUGCGCCUCGGGCCCCUGCCUCGGGACCGCUGGGUAAAAUCUGCCAGGGUGACAGACCGGCUCUUUUCUGUCUUGAAAGCGAUGGCAGCUCAAAAACCAGUGAAGCUGGAGCCUGAGUUGUCUGCCCUUGAAGAGUUGACCCUGUCGGAUACGGAGUCCGACAUGACACCUUCCGAACAAGACAACGCGAAGAUUCAUCAUGUCCUUCUCAAGGUCGUAUCGUUUCUCAACGACUCCAAAUCCAUCCAAGGGGAAGAGCUGGAAGGCCUCCUUACACAGGUCGAGGAUUGGCUCACAUCGACGCUGGAGUCUGUCUCCUCUGAGACCGCUGCUUUUGCAAACACGACCAUCUCCUUGCUAUCUGGAAAACCGUCUGUGCCAUCCUGGCUGUAUCUUCACAGAAGCUUCACCGUUCUCGAGACCCUCAAGGCGCUGUCUCUGGUGCUGUCCGUAUCUUCCAGGAAGUCUUCCAAGUCAGCCGCAAAGCUUCCCAAAGAGCGCGCCGAGCGUCUUGGGGCGCUGGUGGGUCACGUCCACGAGCGCAUCAAAUCGAACACCCGUGCUCUGAAAUCACACAUCUCGGAGCCCGGCAUGCUGGGAGCCUUGAUCGAUCUGGUCAUGAUUGGCGAUUCCGAUGAUGGCGAUGGUGGAAGCAGCCAGCUCCGCAAUGAACUCGAGAUCACUCUCGACCCGGGUGCAUUGGAGGUAUUCUGUGGGGAAUUGAUGGAGAGCUGGGAAGAGGGACUGGACGGGAUCCUGUCGGUUGUUAUCUAG